UUCACAAUAGACGUUUAUACACCAUUCGAUAGAGAAUUUCAAGAGCUACAUUUUGCACUAUUUGUAUUUCAAGAUAGAUAAAAUCGACUUUUUGGCCUAAUGUCCGCUUAGUUGCCCACUGUGCAACAGCACCAAAGCCCAGAGUUUUGAUUUGUAAGUUAAAAAGCUUGUUUUUUCUCCUUCAACUUUUUCUUUUCUUUUUAUUUUUGCUCUUGUUUUUUUUUCAAAUUUUUUCAGGUCACGAUGAAUCUACUUUUCGUAGUGGAGAGGUUAGUGCGCGUAGAUGGGUGAUCGAUGAUUCGGCACCCUUUUUUAGCAAAGGUCGUGGUCGAAGCUACAUGAUUUCCGAUUUUUUGGUCAUCCAUCCAUCGUCACCAUAUUUUCAAUUAAGUCCAGCUGAAUGCAAUCAAGCAACUCAACGAUAUCCAAAAUUAUUGGAAGAAGUAGAUAUUAUUCAUGAAAAAUUUUCGGCAUCAGCAGCAAUAAAUAUUGGAAGUGAUUUAUAUAUGGACAACGAAUUGAUUUUAGAACAAUUUGAACGAUUAUUUCAAAUGUUACAGUUCAAAGAAGAAUACAAGACGCA